AUGUCAAAGUUCCCUGAAGAACGUGUAGAAGUUUCAUCUCCCUUUACAUACUAUGGUAUGGACUGUUUCGGUUCUUUUAUCCCCAAGCAAAGUCAUAAGGAGUACAAGAGGUAUGGUCUCAUCUUCACAUGCUUCUCCUCACGUGCAGUCCACAUUGAGAUGCUUGAAGAUUUAUCUACAGACUCCUGCAUCAAUGCCUUAAGGUGUUUCAUCAGUUUGAGAGGAGCCAUUCGCCAACCUUACUGUGACCAAGGCACGAACUUCAUAGGAGCAAAGAAUGAAUUAAAAGAAGCUCUGAAGCAAUGUGACACCAAGACACUGGAAGCUUUCCUAGCUGACAAACAGUGUGAGUUUAUCUUCAAUGCCUCCUAUGCAAGUCAUGCAGGUGGAGUCUGGGAAAGCCAAAUUAGGACCAUUCGUAAUUCGGAAGGAAGAUGUAUAUGCAGCUAA